AAAGUGUCCGAUAGAUUCUCGGAGUUUUAAUGUACCCGGGUCGGCUGCUCCUGCGCUUCGCAACAAGUGGGGAAUUGGGGUGCGUUGUGCAUUUCUCCAUUGUUGCAGUGCGGUUCAGGACAAAAUCCAGAUACUGGUGUUGUCCCUCAUCUUCCCACUCCCCUACUGUAAAGUUUAUUCCCAUCUGUGUCAGUUGUCACCAGACUGCUCUUCAGUUUCGGUUUCUCAGUGGAACUGGAAGCAUUUGUUCGCAAACCCUCAGCCGCUCCGCGCUUCUGGAGAGUUUCAAAGCGCCGCUACGGACUCGCGUUUUCAGGAAGUUCAGUACGGACAGGGAUUAUGCCACCCAAGGGUACCACUCGAAAGAAGCUUCCUGAACCUCUGCCUGAGGGAUUGGUUCUGACAGAUUCUGAGAAAAGACAUUGGAAACUUGGGAAAGUUAUUGGCAGCGGUGGAUUUGGACUGAUUCACUUAGCUGCUCCUGCUUCAGCAAAUGAUGUUGGGAAUGAUGCAAAAUAUGUUAUUAAAAUAGAGUACCAAGAAAAUGGACCUCUGUUCUCAGAGCUGAAAUUUUAUCAGAGGGCAGCUAAACCUGAACACAUAAAGGCAUGGAUGAAAAGCCAUAAACUGAGUUUCUUGGGGAUUCCUGCUUACUGGGGAUCAGGCUUGACAAAGCACAAUGGGAGGAGCUAUAGAUUCAUGGUAAUUGACAGACUUGGUGUCGAUUUGCAAAAAUUGCUGGAAGCAGGGGAGAACAGGCUGGAUAAAACUUCUGCUUUGAAACUAGGCUGUCAGCUGCUUGAUAUUUUGGAGUUUAUUCAUGAGCACGAAUAUAUCCAUGGUGACAUCAAGUCAGCAAACCUGCUUCUGGGCUUCAAAAAUCACAAAGAGGUCUAUCUGGCAGAUUAUGGUCUUGCCUUCAGGUACCGUCCCAAUGGAGCUCACAAAUGCUAUAAAGAGGACCGCAAGAAAGGUCACAAUGGAACGAUUGAAUUUACUAGCAUCGAUGCUCACAAAGGUGUAGCUCCAUCCAGACGAAGUGACCUGGAAAUCCUUGGCUACUGCUUGCUACAGUGGCUGUGUGGGAAGCUGCCUUGGGAGCAGGACUUGAAGGACCCUGUAGCAGUUCAACACGCCAAAGUCAAAUUCAUGGAAAAUCUCCCUACUUCAGUCCAUCAGUGCUUUCCCCCUGGAUACGAUAGUAGUGAAAUUGUGAAUUAUCUGUCUUAUGUGAGUACUCUGAAGUAUGAAGAAAGGCCACAAUAUCAGAAACUGCACAACAUCCUAUUAAAUAGUCGGGAAGCCAGCCAAUCUGAUCGUCUGGAUCUCAGUGGAAAAGAGCGUAUGGAAUCUUGGCUUUUGUCUGUUCCUGAAAAUAGUAAGAGGAAACAGGAAAUUCUCCCGUCACAAAAUGUACCUGUAUUAAGACCAAGAUCAACAAGAAAAAAUGUUCUUCAAGAAAAUCGAAUGAAAGGAAAGAGUAACAUUUUGAGUGAUAUUGAAUGCUCAGAAAUGUUGAAGUUUAAAGAAAAGAUGAAAGAGGUUGCAAUGCCUACUUCAAACCUGGUUGAGGUAACUGAAUUUUCAGAACAAUACAAAACCAGGAAGCAAAAGUCAGUGGUUCAGGUGAUUAGUCCUAUUGAAGCUGAAGCAGUGCAUCAGAAUCAAAGAAUCAAAUCAGACAUUUUGCACUACGGUGCUGCGGUUGUAGUUUUGUCAAUAUUAAUUAUCUUUCUAGUUUUGGUACAAAUGUAACUUAUU